CCUUGUUCCAGUGCGAACUACUGCCCAACCCCGUGGACCGCAGACUCACUGCAAACAAUAUUUUGCCCCCAGUCCUCCAUACUGCAGCAUUCAGCCAAGCAAUAUCCUUGAAGCGAGAGAAAUGCUGAGGGGAUAUGCAGUGUAGCUGCUCUGCUCCCUGUUCGACAGAGCCCGCCAUCAUCGAGAACCUGCUCCGUGGCAGCAAGCAUCGGUCUCUGUCUUUCUCUGUCUUUCCCUCUUCCCCCACUGCCGUGCUGUCCGGACGCACCAAACGUCUUCACCUUCAAGCUCGUGGGCAAGCGUGGAAGGCCAGGCCUGGCGAGUGGCUAUGCCCAACACGUUCCUGGAGAUGAAACGACAAUCUCCGGAAGCUCCCUUCGCAGCAAUAUCAAUAAUCAAACCUGCAGGUAUGGAUACAUCGAUACGUCAGAUACAUCCCCUUACCGUACGGCUUUGGGCUCAAAUACGGGCUACAAUGUCGCCAACUUGGCCCGUGCGGCGCUUCUCUGCCCUGUUUUGCAGCGUAUGCGGAUCGUAUGAAAGUUUCUCGCGCGCUGAUUGGCCCACUCCGAUCGUGCCUGAUCCUGAAUUUGAUUUGUGGAGCCCGCUCUUUCCCUGUUUUCCCUCCACAGACGCAAUCGUGGCUGAUGAGAUCGUCACGCGCUACUUUAGUCAGCGUCCACUCCCGUCGCCGUCACGUGGUUUGCUCCAGUCAAACAAACGGAGUCGAAGAGCCUCGACCGCCGGACACCGAAGUCCCCAUCCGUCGGACGCUGUGCGACUCUUGCGCGACCUGUGUUUGGAAGAGGUUGUGCCUGCACGCUCAGGGGCAUGCUGCUUCUCGGAAGAUGAAGAGCUCUCUUUGCGGUCGGCUUUUGUUAUUUUGAAGUUAAAAGGCCCUGAGGAGCUCCUCCGUGCGACACCAAGCCUCCUCGUCACCAACGGACGCUCUGACCUCGAGAAGAUUCUCCACGCCCCCCCCCUUUUUUUCCCCCUGCACCGGCAAUUGAAGAAUAGUUAUCCGCCGCGACGCCGUUCUCUUUACUAACCUCAAGAAGAACACCUGCUGAUAGCAUGCCUGAAGACAGUCCAUACCCCCUCCUGCGAACAUGUGGAAAGCCUCCGGACCAAGGAGGAGAGGCGAAAACAUGAAACACGUUGUUCUGCAGCCAACACAUGGAAUUUGGAACGGAGACGUGGGAAGGGAAAACUCCGCUGCCCAUCACUCUAUGUACAUACUGUCGCUCCACACCCGUCGGUCGGUCCAGUACUAGGCAGGGAAGGGAUCGGCCAGGGUUAUUAAUAGAAUUCAAUGCCGAUCGCGAUCCCAGAUCGCAGGCUAAAAAAAAGAUAGGACAACUAGCAGGUGUUGCCGUUCCCGCUUGGAUUGGGAAACGUUGACAUCAUAGGAGAUGAAUUGGAGGGUUCCAUUGAUCUACAGAGUACAUACAACGCCUGCUGCGGCGGAAAACGGCGCCCAAGGAGAUUGGGUGCUGUGAAUGAGAAUGCAACGGAGAUGCUUCUACGAAUGAGGCAGGCUUUUGCACAG